GAAUGGUCAUCUUGGAUGAAGUUCGAUGCCGUGCAAGAGCUCACUGCCGAAGAGAUUGCCCAGCUGCCCCCGGACACGAAGAUCAUCGGGACGCGGUGGGUUCACACCGACAAGAACGACAAGCCACGACUUCUUGCCAAAGCCCUGGCGAAGAGAACUGGCAAGACCGCCGACCAGAUCAAGAAAGAGUUCCCGUUCGAGGCCAAAUCCCGCAUGGUCGUGCAAGGGUGCCAGGAGAAUGACAACGGCAUUCGUUCCGACAGCCCGACCGCCUCCCUCCUAGCUUUUAACCUCGUGUGCACGGUGGCAGUGUUGCAAAGGUGGAUCCUGGUUGCCUGUGACGCCUCGACCGCCUACCUCCAGUCCCAGGGAAUAGACCGGUUGCUCAUUUUGAGGGCGCCUCGGCCACCACCGCCUGGAGUUGCCCAGCACGCUCUUUUCCGAGCAAAGGGUUCCAUCUAUGGGACCAAGGACGCGGGGAGGUCAUGGUGGAAGAAGUUGUUCCGGACCCUCAAGAAGUACCGCUGGACCAUGUCAAAGAUCGAGGCAGCCCUGUUCUACCUGGCCACCCUCAUGGCACUGGAGAAGGAGCUCUACCUGAAGGUCAAGCGCCAGGAGUUCCGCUUCUGCGGGAAGAACGUGAAGCAGAAGGACAACACCAUAGCGGUGGACCAGUUCGACGCCAUCGAGAGCAUCGACUACAUGCUCCUGGCCCCAGCCAGGAGGAAGCUCCCGAAUGCCACAUUGACCGAGGAGGAGAAGAGCAACUUCCGUGCUCUUAUCGGGCAGAUGGGCUGGGUCACGCGCCAGUCAAGACCCGACCUCACCGUGAACGUGAGCAUGGCCUCUCAGAGCAUGGGCCGACCGACCGUGAAGGAUGUGGUCGAACUCAACAAGGCCGUGAAGAUGCUGAAGGAGACCUCGGAGGCCAAGUGGAGGUUUGUGGCCUCGGACCUGACACUCGAGGAGUGCCGAGUGUUCUGCUUCGCCGACAGCAGCUUUGCCAACGGCGAGGGUCUGAAAUCACAGUGUGGAUACGUGGUCGGGCUCACAAAGGAGAGCAUCACGGACGGCUCGGAGCACCCGAUCUGCCUCCUCGAGACCUACAGUGGGAGCAUAAAGCGCGUGUGCAGAAGCACACUGGCCGCAGAGUCGAAUGGAUUCUUGGCCGGCGCCGAAGCAGCGGAGUACGUGAGGAUGAUCCUGAUGGAAGUGAAGUACCCCACGGAGAGGCUCAUCGACCUGGACCGCGAGUUCAAGAAGGACCGAGUGCUCUGCUUCACCGACGCCAAGAGCCUGGAGAGCAGCAUCAACAAGGAUGCUGGGAUAUCCCAGGACAAGCGUGUCCGCAUUCUUCUGGCACAAGUGAAAGAGCUCCUGGGUCUCAACGACUACCAGGAUGACAAGAACCUAUACGCCAUCUGGGUGGAUACAAGCCAGAUGUUGGCCGAUGUGCUGACGAAGUGCGGAUGCGAGCGCGAGCCCCUGCUGAGUGCCCUUUUCAAUGGCACCUGGAGACGGGAGCCGAGCGACGAGGCCCAGCGCAAGAAGGAGCAGAUAAGGGCCGGCAGGUGUGCACAGAAGCUCUUCCGAUGCCUUUCGGCUUUACUGAGGGCACCCGGCUCCAGCCAAGGAAGCCCUCGCACCUGCAAAGGCUUUGUGAAGGGCAGGUUCUGGGCGCACGAAGUGACCUCGAGGCAGUCCACAUUGCGCAUGGCGGAGAAGCGGCAGCGACGGAUCGACUCCUGGGCGGGAGAUGCACCCAUCCGGAUGCCGCCAGCGGAUGCUGCAUGUCAAGAGUUUUUGAACACUUCUGAGUGCUGCUCUCAUCUGCAGCCUGCGUUGGCGCAGCUCAAACCAGCGACGUAG